UAUCCGAAGCUCAUACGCGUCUCCUUUUACUAUUUUUCUCUCCUUAAAAUAUCUCACAGCCAUCGGAAUUCAUCAUCAUCUCCCAAGAAAGUAAUCACUGUUCGGGACACUGUGAAUUCAGGUUUACUGCCAUGGCGAUGCUUGAUUCAUUCUUCAAACAGCGCUUCAAUGCUGCCAAAUGUAAAACUUUGCUAAAACUCACAAUCCCUCGGAUAAAGUUACUGAGGAAUCGAAGAGAGAUUCAGUUAAAGCAGAUGCGUAAAGAAAUUGCAAAGCUACUUGAAACUGGUCAAGAAGCCACUGCCAGGAUUCGGGUAGAGCACAUUAUAAGAGAAGAGAAGAUGAUGGCUGCACAAGAAAUAGUUGAGCUCUUUUGUGAGCUCAUUGCUGUCCGCCUCCCAAUUAUUGAAGCGCAAAGGGAUUGCCCUCUGGACUUGAAGGAGGCUAUUUCCAGUGUAUGCUUUGCAGCACCGAGGUGUGCCGAUCUGCCAGAGUUGCUACAGGUGCAAAUUCUGUUUGCUGGUAAAUAUGGUAAAGAAUUCGUGUCUGCUGCAACUGAGCUUAUGCCCGAGUGUGGGGUCAAUCGGCAGUUGAUAGAGCUUUUAUCCAUUCGAGCACCUGCACCCGAUGUAAAGUUGAAGUUACUGAAGGAAAUUGCUGAAGAGUAUGAGCUAGACUGGGAUCCAAGUGUUACUGAAAGUGCAUUGUUGAAACCACAUGAAGACUUGCUGAACGGGCCAUCGCAGUUUGUCAGUGGUUCCAAAGUCCCUCUUCCCAAAGAGAAGCAUGAUGAAGACGCUACAGCGGAACCUGCCGCCGACGAACACUCUGAUUCUGAUGCAGACUUUGACAUAAUCGAUUUUCCUGAAGUCCCCAAGCAGGCAUUACAGUCAAAUAAAGGCUCCGUCACAGCACCAGAGAUGUUGCCCUUUCCUGCCUCUGCUCUAUCCGAUGUUGAUGAUCAAGAAGAACCCAAUCCUUCUGGAGGUAACCAAAAUCUAUCAAACUUGGGGUCUGAGGAUGUAAUGCUGGAGAAAUCAGCUAUGAAAGAAGACGCAUCACCCAAAAUUUCAGCCAGUCCAGUGGGAGACAAACAGUUUGUGCCAUUCAUAUCUCCUCCAUCACAAUCUCCAGCAUCAUUUCCUGCGAGAGAGCACAGUUCACCUCCUGCUGUUCCGAAGACAAAAAAUGUUAAUGUGGAUUUGCAAGACGUAUUGGCUGCAGCUCAGGCUGCUGCAGAAACAGCCGAGCGUGCAGCAGCAGCUGCCCGGUCCGCAGCAAGCAUUGCUCAGCUCCGGAUCAGUGAGCUUGUAAAGAAUAAGAACGAUGCCGUCUCGGUUCCUACUGUUGAGAACCCAUUUCAUCUCGAGAAAUCCAAGUCAGAUGUGGUGGAAAAGACCGAUCUACUUAAACACAAGUCGGUUGGUGAUUCUGACAGUGCUUCGACUUCUCCAAGCCAAAAUGAGAGUUAUGAACAAUACACGACUCACCAACCAACAGCCCAUCCCUCACACUUUGAUCCACAAGUGGCUGCUGGGACUUCUCUCGGCAGCAAUGUUCUCAAUCAAGGCGCCGGACAUCACCAGCCACAGAGAUUGCCCUCGUUGGAUGACGAGACUUACUUCUCAUACCCAAACUUGUUCACAUCUCAAGGCUCAAAUGUCAGCCCUCAUGCCCAGUCACCUGCGGACUCCAAGUAAGCAAGACAGGAUUUACAUCCGUUGUGUUGAUAUUAAUUGCUAUAGUCUUGUAGCAUUUCUAUUCUGUAUUUGGGUUGUGAGGUGAAUUGCGCUUUUCCAUUCGAAUAAUUCUCUAUCUGCACGUUCAUACAACCUGUUGUAAAUUGAGUUGAUGCCAUUCUCCAUAUUUCAUAUGAGACGAGUUAUCAAAAAAUAGUUUUUGAAAA